CCGGUGAGUUCCGGAUGCUGAAGCGGAUCUGAACACACAGCUGCUCUCGGGACUUUCUCUACAUCCACGGAGUUGUGUCAGGACUCCCAAUUGUGGGUGAAACAAGAGGUCUGGCAAUGGCAUGCAAUUUAAGAUUUCAAGCCCGGACGCAUGCUUGCUGUCGCACUGCAAUACCACUGCUGCUCCUCUUCACCUUGGUUUUGGUGCUGGCUGAAGGAGGCCAGGACUACUACAAAUUACUUGGAGUCGGCAGGGAAGCGACCACCAGAGAGAUAAGACAGGCUUUCAAGAAGCUUGCGCUUACUAUGCACCCUGACAAAAAUCCUGGUGAUGCAUCAGCCCACGACAAAUUCCUGCAGGUCAAUCGUGCAUAUGAGGUUCUGAAGGAUGAAGACCUCAGAAAAAAGUAUGAUAAAUAUGGAGAAAAAGGAUUAGAUGAGCAGCAGGGCGGACGCUAUGAGAGCUGGAACUUUUACCGCUAUGACUUUGGAAUAUAUGAUGAUGAUUUGGAAAUCAUCACCCUGGACAGCAGUGAUUUUGAUGCUGCAGUAAACUCUGGAGAAAUGUGGUUCAUAAACUUUUACUAUCCACGCUGCUCCCACUGUCAUGACCUUGCUCCCACGUGGAGGGAGUUUGCUAAGGAGAUGGAUGGUGUGAUCAGAAUUGGAGCAGUGAAUUGUGGUGACAACAAUUAUCUCUGCCGGAGGAAAGGCAUCCAGAGUUACCCCAGUCUCUUUGUCUACAGAGCAGAACAGAGACCAGAGAAGUUCGUUGGAGAGCGAACAAAGGACAACCUGGUUCGCUUCGCCAUGCAGUUCAUUACAACUACCAUUACUGAGCUCUGGCAAGGUAACAUCUUCAAGGAGAUUGAGAGUGCCUUCUCUGUUGGAAUGGGCUGGCUGAUCACCUUCUGCGCGGAAACUGGAGACUGCUUGGAGAGAAGAAACCGACAGAAGCUAGCAGGGAUGUUGGAUGGUCUUGUCAAAGUUGGAUGGAUUGACUGUCAAACCCAGCAGCAGCUAUGUGAAAGUUUCAGGGUAUCUACUGGAGCGACUGCCCUGUUUCCCCCUGGAAGUUCUCUGGACCAACAAGGCAGUGUGCUGUGGCUCAAGUCUUUGGAUAGUAGGGAGAUCUACAAUCAAGUCAUUGAGCAUUUGCCCGACUUGCAGCUUCUGAACAGUGACAGCUUUGAGGACAAGUUGGCCCAUCACCGCUGGUUGGUCAGUUUUACUUUUGGCAACAGAAAUGAUGGCUCAAAUGAGUACAAGAAGCUGCAAGCUUUUCUCCGCAGUGACCACAUCCAGGUUGGCAGAGUGGAUUGUUCCAAAGACUCAGCGUUGUGUCGGUCUCUCUACAUAAAUAAACCUUGUGUGGCAAUCUUCAAAGGACUAGGCAUCCAUGACUUUGAGAUCCACCAUGGUAAAGACCUGUUGUACAACAUUGUGGCUUUUGCAAAGGACAGCGUUCGCUCACACGUCACAACACUCAAACCAGAAAACUUCCCCUCUGACAGAAAGGAGCCUUGGUUGGUUGACUUCUUUGCCCCUUGGUGUCCACCUUGUCGGGCUUUGCUUCCUGAGCUGCGAAAAGCUUCAAUCCAACUGCAUGGUCAGAUGAAGUUUGGAACGCUGGACUGCACCAUCCACCAAAGUUUGUGCUCACAGUAUAAUGUACAGGCAUAUCCUACCACAGUCAUCUUCAAUGGCUCCUCUGUUCACGAAUAUGAAGGACAGCACUCCGCAGAUGGCAUUCUGGAGUUCAUACAGGAUCUGGUAAAUCCAUCAGUGGUGGUGCUGGACCCGGUCAGUUUUGUUGAGAGAGUUGAAGGCCGUGCUGUGGAUCAGAUAUGGGCUGUGGAUUUCUUUGCACCAUGGUGCGGCCCAUGCAUGGCUCUUUUGCCAGAGUGGAAACGAAUGGCUCGGAUGCUGUCAGGUGACAUUCUUGUGGGCUCUGUUGACUGUCAGCGCUUCCAGUCAUUCUGUCGAGAUCAGGGUGUGAGGGCAUAUCCAGAACUCCGUCUGUAUCCCAUCAAGCCCAAGAAAGCUAAUCAAGUGAUUAGCUACAAUGGCUGGAACAGAGACGCACAUUCACUGAGAGCCUGGGCCAUGAGCUUUUUACCAAGAGCCUCUGUGGAUCUGAGCCCAGACACCUUUAAAUCCUUGGUCCUGUCUGGUCGGGAUCAUUGGGUCUUGGACUUCUACGCCCCUUGGUGUGGACCCUGCCAACACUUUGCCCCAGAAUUCGAGGUCCUGGCUCGGAUGCUGAAAGGGGAGGUGCGAGCUGGUAAAGUGGACUGCCAGGCCCAUCAUCAGCUCUGUCAAAUGGCUGGAAUCACUGCCUACCCGACGGUUCGGUUCUACCCACAUCUUCAAACAAGUAGGCGUGACCAAAAGGGAGAAUUUGUUAACAGUCGAGAUGCUAAGGUGAUUGCUGACAUCGUCAGAAAGAGACUACAGGAGAUGUUUCCACAGUCACAGAAAUCACCAAAGGAUGAGCUUUGAUGGGGGCUAGGAGGAUGGGAGACCGGGGGCGGGCAAUAUGAAGAAUCACUCUGCAACACUCCAUGAACACGGGACAAAACACUGGACUGUUACCUCUCUGACUUUUCAUUUUUCUCCUGUCUCAGAGGUUUGUAUUUACUCUAUGAGGUAAAACUAUGAGACACACACGAAUGUGUAAACUAAAUGGGUUUUUCUUGUUGGUGUUUUAAAGUUUUGGAAUAAAA